AUGGAUCAGAAAUACAGUGCAGACAUUGUGAGCAAGAAUCUUUUGCCUGCAAAACAGAAAUCACAUGUACUACCGGACAAUAUCUUCUCUGUGGACGGCGACUCGGCUCUCUUUAACACGAUAAAGCGUGUGCCGCAGACCACAAGCUGUCAUCACUGUGGUUUGCAUGGGUCACGGAGGUGUUCCCAGUGCCGACAGACAUGCUAUUGCUCAGUGGAGUGUCAGAGAAAAGACUGGGCUUCUCAUUCGGUCAUAUGCAAGCCGACCAGUGUGAAAAACGAAACCAGCUGCCGAGUUCCUAUUGAAGCUGCCGAAAAGAAAGCAAGUCCUUUGGUAAAGAUUUCUGAAAUGCUCCUUGCUGUUGAACCCGCUGUUAGUGAUCUCACAAAGCGUCAGGAAACCGAAAAGAAAAUAUUUUUAUGCGAUUUACAAGAGUCGGGAAUAAGGAAAGGGACAGAGAUUCAGGGCUUUGUUGUGGAAUUCUCAAACCCAAGUUAUUUCUUUAUACAUUCGUAUAUCGAGAAAUCAGUGAAGUCUUUGUUCAAGUUGACAACCACACUACAGGAGAUAUACUCAAAACCUGAGAACCUAAAGAAGGGAUAUACCCCUGUCAUAGGGGAAAUCUGUGUGGCCAGAUAUUCCCAAGACCAGCGGUGGUACAGGGUGCUGGUGCAGAACGUUGAUGCCGCCACGAGAAAAGCGCAUGUCCUGUACAUCGACUUCGGGAAUCAGGAGGCGCUGACGCUCAACAACUUGCAAAAAAUGCAUCAAGACCUGGAGCUGCUUUCACCGCUCGCGAUGAAGUGUUUCUUGGUCUCCGUCACUCCCCCUCCGGGCGGGUGGUCCCCAGUAUGCAUCGCAGAAUCCCGGAAACUGAUGGAUCAGCAGAAAGUUUCCGUUGGCAUUGUUGAGGUGCUGCGCGAAGAGGUGCCCUGUUACGCCGUGGAUGUAUGUGUGCAAGCCUCAGGGAUACACGUGGCCAAACUACUUCUGGAGAAAGGAUUUGCUUCCGCUCAUGACGGAGGACGUAUCUUAAAAGAAAAGAACUCUGAGAUUGGUCCUUUGCCAGUAACGGCCAUUGACAAGGCAGCAAGAAAAGAGGAGCUGUCUGAUGCUCCCGAAUCUCUGCCACGGAUCCACGUCUUAAGCGGGACUGCGGUUUCUGUAGGUGACAUUUUCAGUGCUGUCAUCACAGAAAUUAAACACCCCGAGGAAUUUUAUUGCCAGCAACUACAGAACGCAGAGGAACUUUCCAAGCUGAUGGAGUUGAUGAGUAAACAUUUUGCCGCAGUGCCGCCCGUUCCCAGCUUCACGCCUGCUGUUGGCCAGGUCUGCAGCGCCCAGUGUGCAGAGGACAGGUGCUGGUAUCGAGGUAAAAUCCUGGAGAAAAGGUCACAGGAGGCUUUACUGGUUGAGUACAUUGAUUUUGGAAACGUGGAAGUGUUGCCCCUGUCGAGCCUACGACCCAUUCAGAGCAAUAUGUUGGAAUUGCCGUCACAAGCCAUAAAGUGCAGCUUGGCAGGUGUAAAGCCGCGAUUUAAGAGAUGGACUGGAGAAACGUAUGCUGCGAUAGCGUCUUUGGUGGCCAACGACGUUGUGACAGUUGAAGUGGUCGGGCAGACGAAAACAUCUUUCGUAGUGGAAGUGGCUGACAGGCACCCGACUGGCAGGGCACGCAAAACAGAGACCAGCCACGCUACACCUACCGGCAAAGGGCAAAGUUGCGGUUCCCGGUGGUGUUCCAGCCCAAUCACGUCCUCACGCUACUUCCAUCAUCCCGGCGUGGUCGCACAUUGGGUGAAAGCGACAGGAGAAAAGCUACAGGCAAAAGCUGUUAGUACGAGCGAGGAUGGCUACUCUGUCAAAAUAAUGGAGAGCGAGAGCUCCAGGCUGGUCAGCGACAAACUUAUUGCCCAGCGUGAGGCUCAUUCCGACGAUAACAGGGGAAACAUAUCAGCAGGGAGUAUCGGCCAACGGGCAGUCCAGAUACCGUGCGAGGCUAGCUCCUCUGCCAAAGCUUGGAAAUCUGUAGAAGUGCCACUUAAUGAGCCCAUAGAAUCGCGUGUGCUGAGUGUGAUCAGUCCCGACCUGUUCUACGCCUUUCCAAAAGAAAACAGAGUUGACAUACAGAAGUUGACGCAGGUGAUGGUGGGUAUUGCCGUGUAUUGCAAAGCGGAGAAGACAAAGUUGAGCUACAGACCGUCAGUGGGGGAUAUGUGCUGUGCCAAAUAUACAGAUGAUGGCUACUGGUACCGAGCGAUCGUGUUGGACACCUCUUUGUCUACUGCUAAAGUUGCUUAUGCGGACUAUGGGAACACCGAGGAUCUUCCCUUCUCGUCCCUUCUCCCCAUUACCGAGAAUUUCCUGGACCCCCCUGUACCGAUUGUAAAAUGUGCUCUGGCAGGGUUAACACCGCUCUCAGAGGAGUGGUCACCAGCAGCUACCCAACUGCUAAGAUUGCUAGUUCAGGAGCAGAACAUCAUCUUCACUGCACUGUCCGUGAACGCGGGAAUCUAUUCUGUGUCUGUGGAAAAGCGUCAGGACAGCGGCGUGGUAAAUGUGGCUGAAAAGCUUGUCGGUGACGGCUUGGCCCGCGACUCGCGCUCUACAGGAGGUCACUGUAAAGGUAAAGAUGGAUGCUGUUGUUGUUCACAAGACCUGCUCAAGAGGGUAGAAAAGUUGGAGGAAACACUUCGCCUUUUACUUAAUGUGGAACACGUUUAAUGAUCCCAGGGUGACGAUCUGUUUCCUAAAGCUCCAGAGAUCCCGGGGUUCACCAGGAGCGAGUUGCCGGAGUCCUUGUAGUAGUUCUAGACUGCAGCGGACUGCAUCCAAAAUCAGAGUUCUAGUGAUGUCAAGCGGGGGUGGGAGAUGAAGAGAAUCUCUCUGAGCAGAAUGUUAUGAUUGUAUUCACAGUUCAGUAAUGUCAGGAUAGGAGUAAUAUACUCCGAGGU